AUGUCUUUCCAGAAGCCCGAGAAGGAUUUCGGCGAGGGCCCUAAGGUCCACAAGAUCCGCAUCACCCUCACCUCCCGCAAGGUUGCCUCCCUCGAGAAGGUCUGCCAGGAGCUGAUCGACCGUGCCCGCUCCAAGUCCCUCCAGGUCAAGGGCCCCGUCCGUCUUCCCACCAAGACCCUCCAGAUCUCCACCCGUAAGACCCCCAACGGUGAGGGUUCCAAGACCUGGGACAAGUUCGAGAUGCGCAUCCACAAGCGUCUCAUCGAUCUUCUCGCUCCCACCGAGACCGUCAAGCAGAUCAUCAUCAACAUCGAGGCCGGUGUUGAGGUUGAGGUCACCAUUGCCGCAUAA